UCUUUCCCGACCGGAGGGAUCUGUUUACCUCCUCGCUGGGUCCAGGUCACGCGGAUACAUUAUGGACCGGAAUAUCAGAUCGCACUUUUUCGUGGUUUGACCCUGCGGACCUGCGAGUGGAAACUGGGUCAGAGCGGUUUCAUUUCUUAACUAUUUAUUGACCGGUGGAUAUUUUGAAGUCAUGGCGUUGUCUCAGAUCCAGUGUUUGGACAACCACCACGUCAACUUACGCGUGAGUGAGAGUAAACCAGAGUUUUUCUACAGCGAGGACCAAAGGUUGGCGCUCGAGUCUCUCAUCACCGGGGGCCGAGACGCAUUCAGGGACUACAUCAGCAAGAAUGGCGUCCGGGAGUUCCUGUCUGGACCGGAGCUGGAGCGGAUUGUUCACAUAGCGGAGGCCUACCGGCCCGGGUACGAGCAUCACCCGAAACCAGAGACACCAGGACCGGUUCCCAUCACCCCAGGAUCCGGGGAAGAAGGGGGAGACGGCGAGGUGUCGCUCCAGUACUGGCCAGACCGGUCUGAGGCCUCAGUGGCGGAGCUGGACCUCGGUUGGCCCGAGGCCAGCUCUUACCGGGGGGUCACGCGCGUGACCGUGUACACCCAACCUCCAACUGAGGGGAACACGCACAUCAAGGAGGUGGUGCGCAAGAGCAUUGCAUCAGCCCAGAAGGUGAUAGCUGUGGUGAUGGAUGUGUUUACAGAUGUGGAUAUCUUUCGAGACCUGCUGGAUGCAGCCUACAAACGUAAAGUUCCUGUAUACAUAAUCAUUGACAUGGCUGCGGUCCCCUGUUUCCUUUCCAUGUGUGGAAGAGCUGAUAUGCACCGUGGACACCUAAAGAAUCUGCGUGUGCGCUGCUGCGGAGGAGUGGAGUUCUUUACACGGUCGGCACAGAAGUUGCGUGGUUCUCUGAGCCAGAAGUUUCUCCUGGUAGAUGGAGACAGAGCCAUCUCUGGUUCAUACAGCUUCACCUGGUCCUCCUCUCGUUUGGACCGUAACCUCAUCACAGUGAUCACAGGGCAGGCAGUGGAGACCUUCGACCUGCAGUUUCGGGACCUUUUCCUCAUGUCCAGAGGUGUGUCUCUCAGCAAGGUUCCAAUGGUAGAUGAACCAAUCCCUGACCCGCUCCCUCAGGCAGCUCCUGCUCCGGUGUCAGCUACUGUUGCUAGGAAGCUUAUCAAUCCCAAAUAUGCCCUUGUUGUCACAGGGACUCACACAAGUCCCACCUCAUCAGACCAGAACUCCAGCAACAAGAACUCAAAUUCCCAGAAUCCCACUGGGCUAAAAUUUAGGAAAGGACGUCUUAAGAAUGUUUCAGAAGAGCCACCCAUACAUCCUGGAUUGGCCCAUCUGGAGAAAGCGUACCUGAUUCCGUACCUUCCCACCUGGCCAGAGCCAGACCCGCCGAGCGAUGUGAUUGGUUUCAUCAACAUCAGGGAUGAAAAGCGUGCCAAUCAGGUCCACUUGCAGAGGUCAGAGCGGUUUGAGGUCAGUCAGGCAAUACGCUUCAAGUCACCGCUGACACUACCAGCACAGACUGAGGCACCUGCGUCUGGUCAGGAUGCGAAUGCUGCAGAAACAGCAGAACCUCCUUCUGGGAAUACAAGUGCUGAAGCCUCCACUCCUGUGAGCCCAACCAAUAAACAGCUCAAAGAGCAGAAACACACAGCUCCAAGUAAAGACCAAACUGAUGCAACAGAUUCCCGAGGCCCCCCUCAGCAGCCCAGCACUCCUCUAACACAGGACACUCACAAACCAAAUGCACACACUCCCACAUGUGAAUCCAACGUUACUGCAGAUUCACAGCCAACAGACAAUGCUAGACAAACUCCAGAGGCACAAAUUGCAGCAACUCCCGUUCCUAAACGCCGCACACUGCAGUUGGUCAUUGAACCUGCACCCUCAGAGCAGCCUAGUGAAGCAAAGGUCACUCUGAUAAAAAUUGACCCACAGGACAUCCCCGAUGGCUGUCCUACCAAAAAGAGAACCGAGAAAGAUGUAACACAAGGCCGUGGCCGCCUUACAUCAAAUAAGGAUGGCGGGGACUCUGGCAGCAAUGGCGAUGGCAGCCAAGACAGCACUAAGGUCAUGUGUGACCGAGCAGCCAAUGACGAACCUUCAAGUGCUUCCACGGCAUCAGACGAGGAGUUUUAUGAUUGUUCCCAGCAGCAGCCGAGCGACCCGUUGACCAACAGAGUCACGACAGGGUCAGGCCACGGGCAUCGCCAAGGUGACGGGGUCAACAUGAUGGCCCGCCUCUCUCAGAGCAUGCUGGAUCUGCGGGAACCCAGCCAGUCAGAGGACAGCUCUGACCUCAUCCGCCAAUCACAGCACCUGCGCAGACAUGGUCAUCCCUCACCACACAGGCAUAUAGGACAGUUGUUCCAGGGCUCUAGAUCUCCUGGUCGAGAUGCAAGACUGAGAGGACCUAAAGUAAUCAUUGCUAAACCAGGAAGUUUUCACCGCCCCACCCGAGCAGCAGGCCCUGUGAUUGGAGGCCACCGUUACUGGCAGGGUCAAACGCUGCAGCCAGAGACACGCUCUGGUCGGUCACCACGACGCCACAGCCCGGGCUACAGAAAGGCAGAUCACGCUUCGCCACAGCCACCAGCCAACCAAUCAGGGUUACUAGGAGUAUCUUUCUCAAAAGCGAGCAAUUUAAAACACUUGAAGGCACGAAGCGGAGCCUCCCAGAAGAAAGUGCCUCAAAAUAACAAGCCUGCUAGGUAGAACAGUGGGCCAGUUCAGGUACACAAAGAUGUUAUAAACUUCCUGCUAAAGAAUACAUGACUCUGCUCUGAGGCUAAGUAAAUGGGAUUUUUUUGACUGUUAACUAGGGUUUAACAGUUUAUUUGAUAAUAUGUUUUGAAAGGCACUGUCUGUAAAUGAAUCACAUGAAUUUCCAAAAAUGCAUCCUGGUAAAUGGCUCCUGUGUAAUGUACUAAUUUUAGAGGCAGAUAGUGAUAUCUGUGAGAGAAUAAACUUGAUAAUGACAUAUCAGCUGAUAUUUGUGUGUUUACAAAUGUGCAUAAAUGCAUAACCAGAUACAUUUGAGAAAGAUUCCCUCAAGAGGCAGGGUAUUUUCUUACUACAUGCCACAACGGUGGUCAUCUGUGAUACUCUAUGAUGUAGUAACAAUUCUCUGAAAAAAUAUUUCUAAAUUACCUCGUGCUUUUCUUUUUCGGAAAAUUGUACUGGAAUAUUGUGUCCAUAUCCGACACACACAGAUGCAAUGUAUGUGUGACAAACAAUGUCAGCCCACUGAUAUACAAGUGGCUCUUGUGUUGAUAACCACUGUGAUUGGUUACUGAUGGUGUGAGGGUGAUGUGAUGGCUUUCACAUAUUUGGAAGAUGUCAUUGAUGACUUAUGCAGAUGUAAAGAACAUGUUUAUAUGUGAUGUUAAACACUGAUAUGGGACCAAAAGUGAAUGUUAUAAAUAAAAUAACAUUAUUAUUGAC